AUGUAUGCUUCACCAUUUUCCAACAGUCAAGGGAAACAAUCAGCACCAUCCCACUUUAAAGAGAAUGCCAGAAACGAAAUUUACAACAAAUUGCACUCUGUCAGUGAUGGUAAUGCCUCAUCACGACUGCAGCCCAUAUCAACACUAAAAUCAUCAUCUUCCAUCAGAUCAGCACCACUGCAGUUUUUCAAAAAAUCAUCAUACCAACCACUGCAUCGAUCAGCUCACACCACAUCAUCUUCUUCUUCAGCAUCAAUCUUUUCUUCAUUUGGUAAACGUUCGGUACGCUCAGCUCCAUCAAUAUACUCAAGUUCGACCGGAACUAUACCAGAAGACCUGGAACCAUUGACUGUUACAGUUGAGCAAUUGGUUAAUGAUAUUGUUCUUCAUGAGACGCAUUUUGCCAAAGUGUAUGAAUCGUCAAAGCAGCAGCAACAACAACAAAUGAAUGUAUCUGACCCCGAGGAGUUGUACAAGAUUUCCCUUGGUUCUAGCCUAAAUUAUCAAAAUAACAAUGAAAAUUUAAUCGAUUGGAAUUUAAAUGUCACUAGAUGUAAACUAAUGUUGACACAAUUACCUUCAGUAUCAACAGUACUGGAUGAAAUCUCAUAUAAUCAAAAUUUUCCACCACAAUUGAUUGGCGACUUGGCCCAACUUUGUCACAUUAUCAUUAUACAACCACACAUUUCUGAUACUGAAUUAAUAUUCACCCUAAUACAGUCCAACUUGUAUGAAGAACACAAUUUGGAUUUGGCUUUCAAGAAACUGGUUGCUGAGAUUUCAGUUAAACAAUCACGCUUGCUACAAAUUAAUGAAGUACGACAAAUGCAUCGACACACCAAUAUGCAAUUUAAUGAACAUGAUUUUCUUAGAUUUAAGUUUAAAGAAAUUGCCUUGAGAAAUUACUUGAUCAAUUUAGCCGCUGCUGCUACGACUGCUAAUGAAUAUAAGUUGAAAGUUGAUCAACUAAAACGUGAAUUGAAAUUGGAAGGGAAGAAGAAGUUGGGUAAAGAGGAAAAGAAACAGUUGUGGGAACAAGUACGACUGGAUGUUUUUAAACGAGCAGGUCUUGAAUAA